GACGUGUGUGUGUGUGUGUGUGUGUCCAAAGGGUGUUCAAAGCUGUGCCACUUGGUCAAUUGGUAUAUUAUUAUAAAUAAAUAAAUUAUUUAUUUAUCUAUUGAAUAUCAUAUUAUAUAAAUAAAAUAAAUAUCAAUUAAAAAUGUCAGCGUGGAGACAAGCAGGACUCAACUAUGUCAAUUACUCGCAAAUUGCUGCAAAAUUGGUUCGUCAGGCAUUAAAGCCUGAAUUACGAGUUCAAGCAGCAAAACGUGAUGAAUCACACGUCAAAUUUACAACAUGGAAAGAUGGAAAACCAAUCACUGAGAAGUUGUAAUUGAUUCGACAUGCUAAGAAGCAGCAUAAGGAGUUGAUACUUAAAUAUGUCUUGCAGUUUAUUAAAAUUAAAAAAAACAACUGUCAUGUUUAUUAAAAAAAUUAAAAAAUAAAUUACUAAAGAAAUACUAAA